UAACAACGCAUUCGUUCACGACUAUUCCGAUUUCAAGUUUAUUUGUGGUCAAAAGAACGAUCAUAUUUGAUUUUGAACGAAUCAAAAUGGAUGCUGGGUGUGAAUGAACUAUGUGCUGAAAAACGAACAGCUUUUUAUUGAGUUGUGUCGUGGGCCCGAUUAAAAUCGGGAAUCCGGCGUCACGGUGUUGUUUUGUAAUUAUUGAGGCAGUGACAAACGUAAAGUGCCAUCGUACACGGGAUCGAUUAUAUUAUUGGUUCAAUUCAGUAGUCAGUGUCGGUAAUGUGUUUAUACGAAAGAUUCGGACGAGCUAGCGACCCGCAGGUGGCCUUAUGAUGAGGACUCUGACGGUAUUCUUAUAUGUCAAUCAUAAUUCGCGAGUUUUUGAUGUGUCGCCGUUUCCAUCCGUGUGCGGGACAUGGCGAGAGAAUUCAGACUAGUGUGUCGUCGCGCUGCGUGAGCGGUCAGAAAUGAAAUGCAUAUACAGGAAGGAACAAACACAACUCUGACAACAUGUACCAAAAUGACAGAGGAAGUAGACAGAAGAUAUGGCGUGAAUGGUAACAGCAGUAGUAAGGGUGCCAACGAGGAUGCUCCUCUGCAAAAUUCCGCUCUCGCUGCCACCGGUGGCAGGCUCAAAUUCUUCAAAGAUGGUAAAUUCAUCCUGGAGUUGGUUCGAGGGUGCGCGCGCGAGGGCGAGCGCGCCGGGUGGGUGUCGGUGCCGCGCAAGACGUUCUGGCCGCCCGCCGCCGCGCCGCCCACGCCGCCCGCCGGCGCGCCGCCCUCCGCCUCGCUCAGCGUCUCUGACGACAACAGCUCCGUGCAGUCGUCGCCGUGGCAGCGCGACCACUGCUGGAAACAGGCCGCGCCGCGCCGGAACAUAUCCAAAGAGUUAGCCAUGUACUACUGCAGACCGAGCACGCUGCAUACCUCCGCUAUCGAUGCGGCCUCUCGCCUCAAGCGGAGGCGGCCCUACGACAUCACCCAUCUCGAGGGACAGCUCAACGGUGGCGCCGCCAGGCGGCCGCUCGCCAACGGCAUUUGCGAAAAGAAAAGAAAUGGUGACGUCGGCUCUCCCGAGGCGCGCGGCGAAGACACUGUAGACGGCGUUCCGACCAAGCCCAAGAGCAACGCGGACGACGACCGGUGGACGGACUACGAUCGGGAAAAGUACUACCACAUGAAACUAAAGAAACCGUAUCAGUAUCGCAAACUUAGAGUGUAUAAGAAAACAAGGCCCGCGUUGCGACGCAAGGAGCUCACAAGGACGAUAAACAAAUUGCGCGAGCGGCUGCCCGCGCUGCCCGCCCCCAUCAACGCGAAGCUGGCCAGCUGCAGACAGGAGCAUAUGAUGGUGUCGCCCCGGAAACGCAUCCUGCGCGAGCUCGAGCGGGUCAGCCUCGAGGAUCAAAGCACGAAGCGACGCGCGAAGACCGUGCCUGCACUGAGCACCGCCUCUUAUCCGCCGUCGCCGGGACCGAGCCAUACCGCGCCCAAGCCGCCCGUGGAGACGCCCCGCGCGCAUAAUGGUACCGCGCCACGAAAGGAGACACCCGUCUCCAAGAAUGUGAGCAGCUAUAGCAUUCACUCACUGCUUAGCAUGUCAGACGAGAGUCCCACGCGGCGGUCGCCUGAAGCGAAGAGGUCGCCGCAUUCGCACCCACCGUCAUUGAAGACGGAGUCGCCGUCGAGCGUGAACUCGCCGGAUUUGAGCCCCAGUCCCGACGGGUACCGGUACCGGUACUCUGCGCUAGUGGGGUCCCCGGGGCAGGGCGGGCCGUCCCGGGACUCGCCCACGCCGCCGCACGAGCUGGCCCGGUACCGCGCGCCGUACGCGGCGGCGGGGUCCCCGUACGCGCGCGCCGGCCAGUGGGCCCCGUCGGCAGGGGUGGGCGCGGUGGGCGCGGGCGCGUACCGCGGCUCGCCGGCGCGCGACGAGUGGGCGCGCGAGGUGCCGUACGUGUACGGGUACGGGUACAUGCAGCCGCAGCUGUACCGCGCGCCGACGCCGAUGUGGAUGCACUACGCGGUGCCGCCGAGCCCGUGGGCGCCGCUCGCGCUGCCGCUCAUCACUGACCACAUACCCAAGGAUGAACCCACUUCAGAUUUGCCGCUUAAUUUAUCGAAGCAUUGAGGGACACGGCGGGCGCAGGCGCACUAGCCCCGCGGAGUGGGUCCGGCGUGCUUGCGCGCGUCCCUGUAACUGCCCCAUCGACAUUCCAUUGCACACUGGUUGAUUGGCACGUGUUAGAGUCCAAAAAGUACAUCCCACCUAACCCAGCGUUCGUGAUCGCGCUGAAGCGAUUGUUUAAUAUAACUUUAGCGAAUACGUUUUGCAACUCGCAAAAAUAUUUUUGUAUAGAUUGCGGUUUUCCGACAGAGCCGUUUGUCCGGAAUUCUAUUUACAAACUAUUGUAUAUUGCAUUGGAAUAUAUUUUAGUAUAGAUGUAUGUAUGCAGAGUCAUGUGUGUAUUUUCAUACGAAAUAUUUGUAAUGCGAGUUAAAUAUUUUAAUAUUGGCUAUUAUUUUAGGGUAAGAUUCUAGAUUGAUCUAAAAUACAAAACAGUUAUCAAUUGUUAACAAUCAGUGCCUUGAAACGAAUAAAAGAUAUUAUGAAAUAUUUAUGAAUGAAAGCUAUUACAUGAAAAUCGGGCUUCGUCCAAAACAAACAUGAGAGGAUCGUCAUUUAGUACUUCUGUGUUUAUACGUGUAUGUAGGUACAUAUAUUCCACGUGUUGAGGAACACGCGCCCCGAGGACGGUGUCACAUUCACGAAGACAACCCCGCGACACGUUUGCAAAAUUCCACGUUUAUGUUCGAUCUCAUUAUUUAAUUUAGAAAAUAAAAUGAGGUAAAGACUACAGUUUUGGGAUCAAAUUUGGAUGUGUGUUUAAGUAACAUGUAUAAAACUAAGAGACAUUGUAUAUAAUUUGUGAAUGAUGUAUUAUUGACGAAGAGUUGGGACGUAGAUUUUAUCAGAGCAUUAACCGCUUGCGAUAUAUGAGUAAGAGUUUAUUACCUUCAAAAUAAUGAUAUUGUAAUUGUACAGUAUUUUUAUAAUGAGUAUUUUAUGAUGUUUACGGUAUCGUGUAUCGACGGGAGCCCGUCUCGCUGGCCGGGGUCGCUUAGGGUCGGCUAGAGUCGGCCGGAUUCGGGUGGAGUCGGCUAAGGUCGUCUUGGGUCGGCUUGAGUCGGCUGGGUGCGGCUAGAGUCGGCUGGAGACGGUUUAGGUCGCCUAGAAUCGGUAGGGACCGGCUGGAGACGGCUCGUGUCGGCUCGAGCGCCUGCACCGCGGCGGCGACGCGCGCCUCCACGCUUGAGAUUAACAUGUAGAGGUAGAUUUACGGCAAUUUAGAACUACGGGGUUAUGUAUUAUAAGAACAGUUAAAUGACGGUAAGGGACUGACUUCUGAUGUAAUAUUAUUAUUAAUGGAAUUGUAUAAAAUAGACGUGUAAUCGGAGGCCUACUGUAACGAGUGACGACGUGUUGUCUGCCAACAGAGUUGACUUAGCGUAGACACUAGCUGUAAUACAUCCUGCUCAAUUUUACUCUUGAGUACUUUAGCAAACGAGAAUUCAGUGUUUUGGUGUUCACGGGAGGAAACGGCACUUUUUAUUGUAUAUCUUUUGUAUUGUUGUCGUGUAUAAACAAUAUUGACUGGGUGUGUGCAAUCCACCUAAUAAAAGUGCCGUGGGUUGCACAAACCUGAAAUAUUGUGUUAGUAAGCACUUGUAUCAUAUUUCAAUUGUUACAUGUUUAUUCGUAGUAAGUAAUAGAAUCCUUACGUGCGUUGAUUUUCGUUUAUACUUGUGUGUUGGCACACUUUAAAGCGUCUAAAUCUACGAAGAUGAAUUUUACAUUUAUAAAUUCUUUUAUAUAAAAAUAUAUUUUUAAAUUAUUUAUAAUAUCAUAGGAUAUCUAUGAUAUAAUCCAGAACUUCCUAUUGUCUUCUUAUGCAUAUAAAAAAAUGAAAAUCCGCACUUAAUGAUUCUGAUAUUCUAUUCAUUGCAAUUUUCAAUGCAUUAGCAGUUAUUCUGUUCAUUUUUUAACAGUUUGUGACUGCCGAUGUAUUUUUUAUGAAUAUAUUAACAUCGUUGUAGCUUCCUGAUUUUCCUUCUAGUUAUACAUAUUUGACUAAUAACUAUACAUAUUAUGUUAGUCUCAAAGGACCAAAAUGUAUCGCGUGAGCUGAAAGUCCGCAGAUUAUAAAUACUUAAGUGCCAUUGUAGAAUGCGUCAACUACACUUCUAAUUUCAAGGAUAGCGGAACAGAUGUAUCGAUAAACAAUAUAGUUUUAUAUGUAUUUAUUUGAAUAUAUAAAAAAGCAGAUUCCUCCCGCUAACAUUGUUUUUACCGCUGUUGAACGAUGAAGUCAAAAUAUUUUUGUACGCAACAUUUAACGCAAACUUGAAGUUUGGUAUGUGAUAGCCAGACGGCGUCAGCGCUCCAUAUCACCGGGCCGCGGCUGCGCAUGGCUCGGAUCCACUUAAAUCAUAUUUAUCACGCCGAAAAUAAUUAUUAUCCAUUUAUAUUAAGAUGUAGUUAUGUACUCGAAUAAAUAUAACUUUUUCAGAAA